AUGGCGGGGGCGAGUCUCCGCCCGCCCGGGGGGCUGCUGGCGCUGGGGGCCGCCUGGCUUUGGCCGCCGUGCCAGGGCCACUGCGGCGAGUUGAAGUGCGGCGCGCAGGAGGGCUGCUGCCCGUCGGGCAACUCCACCUCGGGCGACUUCAGGUGCUGCCCUCUGCCCUUCCACACCUUCCUGGACAACGUGGGCUGGUUCGUGCGCAAACUCUCCGGGCUGCUCAUCCUGCUGGUGCUCUUCGCCAUCGGCUACUUCCUGCAGCGCAUCAUCUGCCCCAGCCCGCGCAGGCACCCCCGACGCCGCCCCGGCCAGAGGGGCGAAGAGGAGGACGACGACGAGGAGGGGGAGGACGACGGCGACCAGGACUCGCCGGGCGUCCGGGGAGGCGGCACCCCGCUCAACGUGACGGCCGCCACCUCGCAGGACUCCCUGCUCGACAGCCGGGGCAGCCGCGACCACCCGCCGCCUCUGCUGCUGCUCCCCGUGGCCUCGCCCGUCUUCUUGCACCUGCCCGACUACGAGGAGGUGAAGGAUUUGCCCACCUACGAGGAAUCCGUGGGGCAGCAGCAGCAACUCCGCGUCCUGCCCGUCACCAGCCUGGCCGCGGCCCCCAGCAGCUGGACCUGAGGCAGCUGAACCGGCCGGAGCCCCAGGCCUAGGCUCGCCUCCAGGGAGAAGGAGCUGCUGGUGGCCACCAGGCUGGAGAGAAAGCGCCCUCUCCGCUCAAAUUCUUGCAGGGAACUGGUUGGGGGAAACGGGGGGCGGGGGGGGGGAUCCUGCUCUGGCCUGGCAUUUUGCGCAAAGUUGCACACUUGCAUGACUUAAGUUAGGGAAGGAGAGGAGAAGGGGGCGACCCAGCGCACCUUCUCUGCCGCGGCGCUUUGCACGAAGUUGCACACUUGCAAGACUGAAGUUGUCGCGGGAAGAAGGGGAGCCCUGCAGCCCCGGCGGCCUGGCCGUCUUCGAGACGGUGAUGAUUGUAUCUAUAUCAUAAGUGCCUAGUUGAAUGUGAGAAGACUGUUCCGGGGGUCAUACUCGGGAGGAGGAUUUGUGAGUGUGUGUCCCCCACCCCACCCCCACCCUCUUCCCUCCGCUUUUGACUGUCUUGCGGGGAUGCCGGUUGGGUUGGGUUGGGUUGGUUUGUGUUGUGAAACCAUUUCUUGCCGCAGAUUAAAA